AUGGCGAGCCGAGAGACGACGGUGGUCGUCGACACCGCCCAGCCGGGCAUUCAACUCGUCCGUUUGGAGGACAACGACGACGACGAAGACGAAGAGAAAUUAAAAUUCCAAAACAGCUGCGAGGAGGAUAGUAACGCGUCCAACAGCCCGAUCACAUCACGUCGCGCUCCCGAACAGCGACCCUUCUUCAAGGUGGGUGUGGUAAUUUUUUUUAAAAUAGGUAAUUAAUCAUAGUUUUAAAGUUUUAAUUUUGAGAUGAAAAAUAAGUUGUUUUUCACUGCUUUUGAAGUUUCAAAAGCGUAUGUAGAGGUUUAAAAAUGCAAAAAAUUGUGUACGUUCAGUACUAACGUUUACUAAGUAAAAGUAAAUAUAAUUUUUCUAUUAAACUUGUCGUAAAUCUUUUUUAAAAUUAAAAAAUAAUAAAUCGCCUUAGGGUAUGUAAAUUUAUAUAAUAUUUUUAAAACUUUUAAGCACCAAAGACAUCCUUCAUUUUCAACAGCAAAAAAAUUGAUUUAUGCAUUAAAACGCAUAUAAAGAAAGUACAAAGAAUCAGAAUCUUAUAACGCACUGUUACUGUAGGUGUCAGGUAAAGUAAGGUUCAGAAGAAAAGGUAGUUAGGAUUUAGACGGGCAGCUAGAGCUACAACUAGAGUUAAGGCUAGAGCUAGAGCUAGAGCUAGAGCUAGAGCUAGAGCUAGAGUCAGAGCAGAGCCAGAGCCAGAGCUAGAGCUACGGCUAGAACUAGACCUAGAGCUAGAGCUACAACUAGAACUAAGGCUAGACCUAGGGUUCAAGCUUAGAUUAGGGGUAGGGCUAAUGCUCAGGCUAGGGUAAUAUUAGGUAGUGUUAGACGGGGUUAAAAUGGAGGUUUUGCAAGAUCAAGUAUAAUAGAAUAAGAUAAUAUUGCUCUAGGUUAGACCUGAGGACCUGAAAAAACUCACUAAGCCCGGUUAGAUGGGGAUCGGGCCGGUCCUAAAUUUAAAAAAAUGGGGAUCGGGUUAGUCUUAGAUUUAAAAAAAAUUUAGGCUUGGCCCGUUUUAAUUUUGGAUUAAGGAGCUCAAAAUUAUUUGAAUACCCUAAUAUUAAAAGGCCGGGCCGAGCCGAAGCGAAUUUGCGGGCCAGUUAGGAACAUGUGGUCUCGAGGGCCGCAGCUCAAACCAAGGCCCAGCGCGGCGCAAUCCCUUUACAUCUCUUCUCUGUGUAAGUUAGUCUAGAGUAGGGUAAUUUAUGUCUUUCAAUUUAAUUCAGGUAGCGUAGAGUAGGGUAAUUUAUCUGUUUUAAGCCAAUUCCCCCACCUCUGUAAGCUAAUAUUAUUGGUGUUAGAAGAUAGCUGUCACGCUUUGUUCUUUUUUGUUUUUUUUAAACAGCGAAACCGAAAAUCAGUAGUGGAGAGUGGUGCGCGAGACAUUACUAUUUAUGUUUUCUUUUGAUGCCUUAGGGUCUAUGUUUUGCAAUUUUUUGUUUUUUCUAAUUGAAAUGAUCAAAAUUAGUUGAGCAGCGGCAUGGAGUACGUCAAGGUAGGAAUUUAUUUUAAAUUUUUUAAAAUUGUGUGUAAAAGCGGGAGGUGUGUGCUUUAGUUUAGCUAAGAAUGGUACGGUUUUAACAUGCAAGUUAAAAAUUAUUACGUAAGGGUUAGGCUUAGCAAAGAAUAUUUAACCUUAACACACAAUGUUAUGCUUUUCAAAUAAUUUUUAGGCUUAGCUGAAGAUAUUUUAGGCUUAAAACAGAAUUAUAAGUUUGUUGAAGAUAUUUUUGUUUGGUAGACAUUUUUAGGCUUAUUAUAUAAAGUUUAGGCUUAUUAAAGUAUAUUUAAGCUUGACACACUAGUUUAGGCUUAUUUUGUAGGUUUAUGUUUAGAAGAGAAUAUCUAGGCUUAUCAACUACUUUUUAGGCUUAAUAGAGAAUGUUUAGGCUUAACGAAUUAUAUUUAGGCUUAGCACACAACUUUAGACGUAUAACGUAAUCUUUAGGCUUAGUUGAAUAUAUUUUAGCCUUAAAACACAAUCCUAGGUUUAUCAAAAAAUACUUACAAUUGUUAGGCUUAUCAGAGAAUGCUUAAGCUUCUUGCUAUAUCUAGGCUUAUCGCUCACUAUUGAAGCUUACAUUGUUAGAAAAGAGUUUUAGGCUUAACAAACCAUCUUUAGGCUUAGAAAUUAAUAUUCAUAUUACUCUUGUUGUAGGCUAAGAAGGCGGCUUUAGGCUUAAAAAACUGAAAGUUAGUUUCAAUUUGUAAUAUUUAUUUAAGUACUUAAACUAUCACUUCCAGCCUCAAACUUGAUCUUUCAACUUUUGUUUUCCAAACCUUUUAGUUCAAAACUUUAUUUUCUUCAAAAAAACGUCUUUUCUAAACCCAACCAUUGAUUUAAACCCAAAUUCAUAUUGCAAAAUAAUAUUUCGACUCUCAAAAACCUAAGGUCUCGGAUCAGAAAUUUUUUUCAAAAGCGAUUUUCACAAAAAAGGGAAAACACGUAAUAGUAGGGGGCUUACGUAACCAAAAAAACAUUCAUGAAUUUUUGCGAUUGAUCUUGUGAAAACAAAAUUUGUAAAAUUGGUUUGAAAUUUAUUAAAAUUGGCUUUGAGUUGGGCUGAAUUUCGAAAUUUUUAAUGGAAAUUUGAAUUUACAUAUAUCAUCUUCUCUAUUUAUUCUAAGACAGCUUCCUCUUUUUUUGGUACAUAUAGUACUAAGUUACUACUAUUAUUUGAUACUCAUCGUACUAAGCCCAAUACUAAUUUUUGGUAUUUAUAGUAUUAAGUCUAAGAGAAUUUUUUAGUACUCAUAGUACUAAGUUUGAUACUAGGUUGUGGUACUCGUAGUACUAAGCCUAAUACUAUUUUUUGGUGCUUUAAAUACUAAGCAUAGUACUCUUUUUUUGUUACUUCUAGUACGAACCCUAAUGUUAUUUUAUGGUCUUCAAAGUACCAGGUCUAAUACUAUAUUUUGGUCUUCAAAAUAUUAAGCCUAACACUAUUUUUUAGUACUCAUAAUACUAAACUUAAUACUAUUUUUUGGUAUUUAUAGUACUCAGCCUAAUAUUAUCUUGUAGACCUUAAAGCAUUUGGCCUAAUAUUAUUUUUUGUUACUUAUAGUACUAAGCCUAGUACUAUUUUUUGGUACUUAUAUUACUAUUAUUUCUUGGUAUCAAUGUUAGUUUAAGCCUAUUAAUAUAUAUUGUUAUUGAUACUAAAACUCAGCCUAGUACUAAAAUUUUUACUACUGGUACUAAAACUGAACGUACUAUUGUUUUGCUAUUGGCCUCAACCUAAGCCUAGUGAAAUUUUUGUUACUGUAACUAAACUUAGUACUAUUUUUUUGCUACUGUUACUAAGACUAAGCCUAGUACCAUUUUUUCUAAAUUCUUUUGAUACUCGAUCUAGUACUAUUUUCUUUUUAUAAAUCCUAGUCUCGCUUUUGAUCUACUUAAAAUGGCAAUAACUACAUUAACUAAACAUUUACGCUCUACCGUAUAUGUUUGGCACCGGAUUUGGGGCCAAGAGUUCCCAGAUUGGGCGACUCGAGUUGACGAACGAGUUUUAACAAAACUUGUCGACUUUUUCGACCGAGUAUCGACCGUUUUUCAAAAAAUUAGGAAAAAAUGUGUUGGCAGGGUGAGUUGGUUAAAAAAGUUUUGUCAGUUAAAAUUUUGAAGUAUUUAUUAGGUUUUUCAAAUAUGAAUGAGCCUUUUAAAGCUAAGUUUUGAAUUUUUCUUGGCUCAUCCAUAUUUUGACAAUCUGGUUUUAUAAUAUCUAAAAAUGGCCAAAAAUUUUAAAAAAGCUGAAAGUUAUGAGUUUUAGGGCAAAAAGUUCAUUUAUGACAAAAGCAACAUUUAAAAAAUUAAAAAAUAUUUUAAAAAAUAAAAUUUAUUAUGUUAUUUGCAGUAAACCACGAGUUUUGUGAGCUUGUUAUGAGCUGAACAAUAAAAUUUAUUGAAAAACAAAACCAUUUUUAAUAACUUUUGCUUUCGUUUUAUGGGAAACAAAAAGGGUUUGGGUAGGUGGAUAAUUGUAUUAUUACGAAAAGGAAAAACUUAACUUAAUAUUGUACUUGUUAGUAUGUUAUACUGUUUUAUGUUGUACUUUUCAGUAUAUUAUACUGCUUUUGAGAUAGGUAUAUCACGUUAGGGAGAGUUUUAUGAGUUAGUAUUAUUUCCUGUAUAAUUAUCUAUAGCCAGGGAAGGUAGGAUAAGAUUAACAAGGUAGGGUAUGGUAAGCUAUAGCCAGUAAAAGUCGAGGAAAAGGUUAAGGUAAGACCAGUCAAGUUAGUUAGGGCUAGGGUAGGGUUCAGCAAAAAUGAGGCCAGACAAGAGAGUUGUAUGGCAUGACAAAGUUAGGGUAAAGUUAAGGUAGCACUAACAUAAACAGCUAGGGCUAGGGUUAAAACUAGGGCUAAAGCUUUGGCUACCUCUGGGCUAUGGCUCUGGGCUAGGGCUCUGGGCUAGGGUUCUGGGCUAGGGCUCUGGGCUGGUGCUGUGGUCUAGGGCUCAUAUAAGUUUCAGUAGUUUUUCAAAUGACAAUCUUAAUGAAAUUUGUAUUCAAAAUGCAAUUAUAUGAACGUAGAGAGUACGAAGAGCAAUGUAAAUGUUGAAAGUUUUAUUUUGACGAGCAGAGCGUUAGUUUUCGUUACAAAGUUUUUGGGGAAAACAACGGAAUAAGAUUAACGUCGAUGCCUUUUGACAUUUGAAAAGUGAAAACAGACAACUUUGCAAGGGUCGAUUUACCAUAAUAUUUAAGGAGGGGGAGGGGGGUAGGGAUGUUAUGUAAUACAUAUAUAGAUUUACAGUAGAUUAUCAUAAUAUUAUAGGUAAAACAAUAUAAGGUGGAGUACUAUAAGAGUAUAUAUCACGGUUCAAUUGCAUAGUAAAGUUAAAAAUGAUAUUAAAAACAAAUUUUUAGUAAAGAAAUAGGUAUUAAAUGCAAUAUAAUAAGAAAAAUAGGUAUGAAAACUACUACAACAUCAAUAGGUAUAGAACUCAUAUUUAUGAAUAGAUAUUAAACGCACUAUAAAAACCUUAAUAGGCAUAUAAUGCAUGUUUAUGAAUAUAUAAUAGAAGUACUACCAUAAUAUAUACACAAAUAUGUUUGUGUAUAUCAAUUUGUAUGUGCAUUUUAAGUAAGAACGACCAAAAACUAAUAAUUCUUUAUUACAUAUUGUCUAUCAUCACAAGUGUUGUUGUUUGUCAAUUGUAAUGUUCCGAUUUCAGAAAUCAACCGAUAAAACAGUGGAGUCGCCGUUCGUUUCAAAGUAAGUGUUUUUACCUUGUUUUGUGGUUACAAUUAGCAAGAUUAUAUUAUAAUAGCAGCCAUAAAUACUUAAAAUUUUACCUUUGCCACCUAACUUUAUAACGAAAUGUAUUGCCUGAUUCACCAAACGAAUGUCCUUUUAAUGUUUACCAAUUAUAUUGGGUAAACAAUAAAAAAGCUUGUUACAUUGCAGUAAAAAACAGGGAAAAACAAGUGUUUUAUGGCUUUGAAGAGGAGUUUUAAGUAACAAAUUUUGGCUUUUUAGAUGAUUUGGUAUAUCUUAACCCAAAUUUUAGAGGUUUCUUGUGUAUUUUUUAUUGACAGCCGGCUUUUAGGUAACAAAGUACUCAAUUUUUAGUGCCAGCCGGGCGGUUUUCAAAAAAAAAUAAAAAUUUUUUUGUAGUAUAAUAUUGUAGUGUAAAAUACGUUCAUUACAAAGCUUCUUUGCAAAAAUUGUCAUUUCAGUGAUCUCUCGAAUCGUUGGGGUGCCUUGGUAUGCCUGGCGUCUCUCAAUUUCGCCUGCACUUUCUCCUGGGCUUCAGCUGGAGCCGGCGCCGAAUAUUUCAACAAAUUCUACGAUCUUGAUGUAAGUGUGAACGCCUGAGGGUAUAUAUAUUUUUUUUAAUUUUUGAACUUUUAAAAUUUUUCGAAAUUUUAAAAAUUUUUUGAAAUUUUGUAAUAUAAACCUUCAGGUAGCAGCAAGCUGGUUCUCCAUGGUCUACACAAUGUUUUUAAUACCAGCGAGCAUUAUCAUUGUCCUAGCUGAAGCAUUUUUUGGCGUCCGCUUUUCGGCCAUAACUUCGGCUGUUCUGGUUGCGGUUUCGUGCAUUUUUAAAGUACCAUUGUAAGUUUUUUUCAAAUAUGUUUUAUCUCAGAUGCCAAACAUAUUAUUUUCAAUUUAAAAAUUUAUAUAUUGAUUUGUAUAAUUGCUUGAAGUGGCACUUUCGACUAUUUUUUGUUUUGAAAAUUAAUAACAGGGGGAACCAAGCAGAUUUUUUUAGAAAAAAUGCAAUAAUUUUCUUUACAAUAUUCAAUUGACAAAAUUAGGUACUAUUAGUAUUAAAAUACGCCACCGGUCAUAUUUAAUGUCGUUGAUAAAAAUUUUGAUACAACUUUUAAUUUUUGAAAUGAAAAAAAGUUCACAGGGGGAACCAAGUUGAUUUUUUUGGAACAAAUGCAAUAUCUUUGUUUCUGAAGGCAGUAAGAAAUAGUUAAAAUGUUAAAAUUAGUAAAAUACGUAUGAUGAAUAGUUAUGGAUAUUAUUUUUGGUUUUUUUAUUUUGCUAAUUUUUAGGCCUAGCCUAGUCUUAGCGGAGCCAAAUUGACUUUCUUUUCAAAAAUAUUUGAUUUUAACAAUUUUUUUUCAGUGACUUCCUUCCGAUCUCAUCCCACCUUCGUUUUGCCAUUCAACUCCUAUCGCAUUGUUUCACAGCCAUCGUAUAUCCAGCAGCGACGAUACUACCAUUAAAAUUCGUAUUAAGAUGGUUUCCUCAAGAUCACAAGGUUUUCGCGGCGGGAGCCACAUUCUUGGCCAAUUUGAGCGCCAUAUUGAUUGCAAAUCUGUUGACUGGCUCAACCACCAACUUGAACAUUAUGGUAACAUCAAGUGUGCCGUACUAUAAUGUACUGACGGGGUUGCUGAACCUGAUGAUUGGAGGACUUUCAAUACUCGUGUUGACAAAAGUUUUGAAUAAGGAUGUAUGUCAGGAUGGCAACAGCAUUUUGGAAGGUAAAAACUUUGAUUUUGAAUAAUUUUAGUUUUUGAAAAAAAUAUUUUUUUUUAUUUUUGCUGAAAAAUUCGACGGGGGGACCAAGCUGAAUUUUGCAAAAAACGAAAUAACUUUGUUUACAAAUACCAAGUGACAAAAUUAAGUGUGUAAGGUUGUAAGGUAUGCCAUGUCGUACCUUUGCACAACUUUUUUUAAUUUUUCAAAAUAAAAAUCUUUUAAAUUUCAGAUCUCAAAAAGUUCACGGACAAACGAGCGAUUGGUGUUGCAUUGGCAUUGGGAGCCAAUUUAGCGGUGUUUAACGUAAUUUUAAGCACGUUGAGUCCACUUUUGUGUUCUGCUGGUCAUGAACGAGUUUAUACGUCGGCAGCAGCGGCUACUUUCAUUAUUGGAGGCGUCAGUGGAGUGAUGUUUGCUGGUCUCAUUGUGGACUUUACUAAACGACAGGAUGAGUGCUUUAAGGUAAGAGAGUGUUACUUUGGUGCUCUGUACCCUACCUUACCCUACCCUGCCCUUUCCUAACCCUACCCUACCCUACCCUACCCUACCCUACCCUACCCUACCCUACCCUACCCUACCCUACCCUACCCUACCUUACCCUACCCUAUCCUGCCCUUUCCUAACCCUAACUAAAACCUUUCUACCAAAGCCUUAUCUUAACCGAGCCUUAAUCUAGUCCUACCCUAUUCUUACAGUAAUACACACAAUUCUAUCUCUCAGUAACCUACUCUAUCUUAUCUAUCCUACGGAAUAAUACUGUAACUGACCUUACGCUAACUUGCCGUACCCUACCCUACUCAACCCUAUCUUCAUAUAACUUAUACCCCUACCUCGCCCUCUUAUUCUUACAAGCCCAGCCCAGUACUAAAAUAAAUCUUAUUUCCAGUUCGGAUCAGGCCUAUGUGUAAUAGCCCAACUGCUCUUCUUCCAACUAGUACUACACAAACAGAACCGUCACCUCGUCAUCAUAUCCAUAGCUUUCCUCGGCGAGCUUUUGCUUGGCCUAGUACCAGUCGGAUUGGCCGUAAUGGUACGACGACUGAAAUCCGAAGCCGAGACGAUCUCCGUAGCCAUAGUGCUGAUUCUCGGCCAAUUCUUGUCACUUUUGUAUCUAAUGCUGAUUAGUAGUUAUAAUGAUGACAUAAGCCCAUCGAGGCCGGACAUUGCCAUUGUUAAGAAGAACUGCGAAGCGUAUGGGCAUGCGGCCAAGGAUUGGACUUUGAGUGUUACGGUAGGUUGCUCCUUGAAAUUUAAAAAAUUUUUUGAAAAUUUAAAAAAUGUAAAAACUUUGUUUACAGUAAUGAAAAAUACUAGGUGUGAUACGUAAAAUAAAAUUUUUCAAAUUUCAGGUUGUAUCAGUUCUGUCUACCGUAAUCUUGAUAGCCUUGUUCUUCCUGGAUCGAAAAGAAAAGCGAAAGGCUAGUGAGGAAUCAGUCCAGGCACAAUCCGCCUCAACUCAAACUAAUGGUAAGCUAAGGUCUUUAUAGGCCGGUUAGGGGGUAGGGGUAGAUUACCAUACUUUUAACUAACCUGUAGCCCACACAGCACCAAACGCACCUAAUAUUACUGUAUUUUUUCAGCCGAAGAAGUAGAAACUGCCAUGGAUACGACGACGGUACACACUGUAAAGCCCUAA